AAAGUACUGUCUCACCAAAUUCGCGUUGUCUAGAGAUUUUGAGGCUGUACUGCAUCGCAAGACGCUCGCUCUAACAGAGAAUUUCUCCCCCGGCUCUCCUCGUUCUUGCUUUCUUCAUUGUCCUGUCACCAGAUAGCUUGAGUCUCUGCAUCAUUCACCUCCUUGCCGGAUGAUAGCAUAAUCUGGGACGACGACCUCAGUGUCCUGGAGAUAGCAACAAGAUGUUCUGCUUAAGAAGUUGGCUUCCGCUCCUCUUCAUUCCGACCAACGCCUCGCCCAUCUUCAUCUUUCUCUUCUUCGUCUGCACAUACUUCCUAAAUCGGCCAUGCGUUUACUGUUCAUUCCUGCUCCUCAUCCUCUUCGCCUCUUCUUGCCACUGGUCAGAUCACUGCUUCUUUGACUUCAGCAGCAAUUGGUUUGAGCCAAGGCAACCCACCUCUUCGAUAUCCCAUGAACUCGUCAACUCCUCCGCACUAUCGAAUCAAACCCUUGACCAGGUCUCUAUGUAUGCAGGUGCGCUGAAUAAUACUGCAGCUGCGUUGGCUGGUGCUGCGCUGGAAGAGGCAAAGCGACGGCUUGCAGUGCGCGCAGAGUGGACUGGUAUCGGGGUGGAAUGGCUACGGAGCCUUCUUGGCCGCAGGGAAUGGAGACUGCCAUGCGUGGAUGUGUAUAUCAGGCUUUGAAAGUCCCGCUACGAGAACACGAAUAAAACCGAAUGAUGGCGAUGCAUAUCAGGCGUUAUACAAAGGGAUUGAUCUGGAAGCACAAAGCUUGGCGCGGCGGCCUUUUCGGAUACAAUGCUUGCAUUAGUGGCGCCUUGGAAUUUGAUUUCUUUCACAAGGAACUCGUCUCUUUUGAGGAGACCGUGAAGCUGUAGAUUCAAAGCGGGUCUUCAGAAUCACGAUUACUCUUAUUGAAACCGAACAUCUUUCCAGAGUGUCUCGGCAAGCUGCAGUCCAAAGUUUUCAAAGUGGUUUCGAGGAAGGGAAAUUUCCAGAACCAGCAUGCAGGGAAGAAAUUAUGGAUUCCAUUACCAGGUCGAUCCUAGAUCAGCACGUUGACAUUGCCGAAGCUACACUAAAUCGAUUUCUAUAGUCACAUGCCUAAAUAUUCACGUUUGCAUUUUGUUCCACAU